CAUGAAACUUAGGAAAUAUUUUAUUUGUUUUAUUCGUUUUAAUAUUUAUGUCGCAAUAGAUGAAUUUUAAAUGUUUUAUGACAUUGUUGUUUUGCAUGUAAUGAAUAAAGGGGUCAAACAUGGCGGUUAGGUUAGUAGGUUGGUACACAAGGAUGUUUAAUAAAAGACCCGUGGUCACUCAAGUUAUAACUGCAGGUACACUGACCACUAGUGGUGACAUUAUCGCGCAACUUAUCGAGAACCGACCAACCGGAUACAGCUUUCGUAGAACGGCUGUCAUGUCGUGUUUCGGGUUUUGUUACUUUGGCCCUCUAGUGACGGUGUGGCUCGGAUUCUUGAAGCGUUUGAACCUCAGUGUUAUUCGUACCGUCAUGCUUGAUCAGGCUGUAUUCGCGCCCCUCAUCAACGGGGGUUUCGUCUUCCUUCACCCAAUCUUAUCAAACAAAGGAACCAAUGAAGCGUGUCGGAUAUUUAGCGAGAAUUCUUGGAACGUGAUUCGCUCAUGCUGGAUGCUAUGGAUACCGGCGCAAUUGAUCAAUUUUUCCUUCGUUCCGUUCAAAUACAGGAUGAUCUACAUCCAGGUGGUGGCGCUGUUCUGGAACGCUUUCCUCAGUUUUCGAUCGAAUUCUGCAAUUCAAAAGUAAUGAUGUCACAAUCUAGGGUGAAUUCAUGACAAACAAUCAUUAUGAUGUCACAAUCGGCAUUAUGAUGUCACAAUCUAGGGUGAAUUCAUGACAAACAAUCAUUAUGAUGUCACAAUCGGCAUUAUGAUGUCACAAUCUAGGGUGACUUCAUGACAAACAAUCAUUAUGAUGUCACAAUCGACAUUAUGAUGUCACAAUCUAGGGUGAAUUCAUGACAAACAAUCACGAUUGUUUCCACUGUGUUAAUACAAUCAUGACUAUGCACAAUAUUUGCCAAUUCAUGCUGCCAUAA